GCGCGUCGAUUGACGUGAUGUCGUGAUGUCGUGCCUUUCUGCCGGGGGGGAUGCCCGGGCAGACUCCUGCCGGCCUUAGUCAAAAUGAAGAACACGAGAGGCCGCGGGGGCAGGAAUGGAGGAGGGGGAAAGGAGGGCCGAGAGCGAGGAUACCACAUCAGGAGCAACCUUUUUGACAUCGGAUCUCGAAUGUGUGCGUCGCGAGCUACGCCUCGUAGUCGCCGUCGCAUCGCCGGGCCGGCCCGUCGGCUGCGCCGGCGCGCACCGCCGCGGGAGGAGCAAGAGGAAACGAUGCGGUACUGCGUGCGGAAGUCGCAUGCAGAAGGCGCUGGAAAAGUCCCCGGCCGCACCCCGCCCUGCAGCGGAUGGCGCGCGGAAGCGUCGAGUAAACAGAACAACUGCGUCAGCAGCCCGGGUGUGCGUGCAACCCCGGGUGCCUUUCUGCGAACGCAGCGGCGGGGAAAACGACAUGCUUGAGCAGCUCGGGCGUGCGUGUAAUCCCGAGUGCCUUUCUGCGGGAGCAUGCCCGUGGAGACUUCUGCCGGCCCUCGUCAAAAUUAGACGCGAGAGGCCGCGGGGGCAGGAAUGGAGGAGGGGGAAAGGAGGGCCGAGAGCGAGGAAACCACAUUAGUCGGCGACGAAGAGGCAGGGGAGGAGGCACAGAGGCACGCCCUGGCAGCACGCUGCGAACUGUACAUCAGCGUCGCGUCCAGGACACAAAGAACUCGUGAGGCGGCGUUCCGCCGGGCGGCGCGGGCACUUCGGCUCACACGAGCGCCCAGCCGCCUGUGGCCAGCAGCGGCUCCUCGGGUUCCGAGCAGUACCCGCCUCCUCAUCCGUCCGCGUGCGCACCGGCCCUGGCGGUUGCUCUGGCAGCCGGCCCACCUCGUGCCAGUCCGAGACGUCGAGCUCCAGGUCCUCCGGGUCCGAGCAGUAGCCGCGCUCCUCGUCGGUCGCGGUGCGGACCGGCGGCGCUGGGCCGUCCAGGGCCUCCGCCACCCGCUGCGACACUGCGCGCUGCAGCCGCGGCUGCGGCUGCGCCGCUGGCUCCGCCGGGGCGAGCCCCUCGGGCGGCGGCGCGGCGUCGCCCUCCUCGCGCGCUGCUCC